AUGGCCAAGGACGAGAAGGACAAGUUGAAGCUGCUGCAGCCCGAGGCCAGCGCCGACGGUGGUCCAGACGUGCCUGAGGUCUACCGCUCGCUCAACUUCCGCAGCCUGCAGGACCCGUACUCGCACGGCGCCGGGGACACCAUGGCCAGUCGCUACAGUACGUUACGCGCCGACAACCUCGAGACGAUGCUCAACGGCGGCCUCGAGCGCUUCUACAAGAAGUACGACCACCUGUCCCGCAAGGUCAACAUCCAGCUGCCCACGCCCGAGGUGCGCUUCGAGAACCUGUCCUUCUCGGUGCAGGUGCCCGCGUCGGCGGAGGACCACGGCACGGUGGGCUCGCACCUGCGCGGCAUCUUCACGCCCUGGAAGCGGCCGGCCAUGGUCACCAAGCACGCGUUGCACCCGAUGAGCGGCAUCAUCAAGCCUGGCUCCAUGACGCUGAUCCUGGCCAACCCUGGCGCCGGCAAGUCGACGUUCCUCAAGGCGCUGGCCGGCAAGCUCAAGAGCUCGGCCAAGACGAAGCUGGGUGGCGAGAUCCUGUACUCCGGCCUGAGAGGGGACGAGAUCGACCUCAUCAAGCUGGCCGGCCUGGUGGACCAGACGGACAACCACAUCCCGACGCUGACGGUGAGGGAGACGUUCAAAUUCGCCGACAUGUGCGUCAACGGCCGCCCCGAGGACCAACCGGAGGAGAUGAGGGACAUCGCGGCCCUGAGGACCGAGCUGUUCAUCCAGAUCUUGGGCAUGGAGGAGUGUGCCGACACUGUCGUCGGCGAUGCGCUGCUGCGUGGAGUGAGCGGUGGCGAACGCAAGCGCGUGACCAUCGGUGAAGUGCUGGUCGGCGGUCAAAGUCUUUUCCUGUGUGACGAGAUCUCUACGGGUCUAGAUAGUGCCGCAACCUUCGACAUCAUCAAGUCGCUGCGUACGUGGUGCAAGACGCUGGGAGGGUCGGCCGUGAUUGCCCUGUUGCAGCCCACGCCCGAAGUCGUGGAGAUGUUUGAUGACAUUCUCAUGAUCAACGAGGGCCACAUGAUGUACCAUGGACCAAGGACGGAGAUCCUCGACUACUUUGAGGAGCGUGGCUUCACGUGCCCCCCUCGUGUGGACCCGGCCGAUUUCCUGAUUGAAGUGACGUCGGGCCGUGGCCACCGCUACGCUAAUGGCUCUGUUCCGGUGAAGGAUUUGCCCGUGUCGUCGGAAGACUUCAACAACCUGUUCUGCCAAUCGAGCAUCUACAAGAAGACCGACGAGGCUAUUGGCAAGGGCUUCAACGAGCACCAGUUCGAGAGCCCCGAGGACUUCAAGAAGGCCAAGAGCGUGGCCAAUUUGGCCCGCUCGAAGCAGCAGUCCGAGUUCGGAUUGGCGUUCAUCCCCAGUACUUUGCUGCUGCUGAACCGCCAGAAGCUGGUGUGGCUGCGUGACCCGCCGCUUCUAUGGGGUAAGCUUAUUGAAGCACUGAUCAUUGGACUUGUCAUGGGCAUGCUGUACUUCGACGUCAACUCGACGUACUACCUGCGCAUGAUCUUCUUCAGCAUCGCGUUGUUCCAGCGUCAGGCGUGGCAGCAGAUCACCAUCUCGUUCCAGCUGCGCAAGGUCUUCUACAAGCAGCGGCCGCGCAACUUCUUCCGCACGUCAUCCUAUGCUAUUGCUGAAAGCGUCGUGCAGAUCCCGGUGAAUAUGGCGGUGUCCUUCGUGCUGGGCACGUUCUUCUACUUCAUGAGCGGCCUCACGCGCACGUUCGAGAAGUACAUCGUGUUCUAUUUGGUGCUGCUGUGCUUCCAGCACGCCAUCAGCGCGUAUAUGACAAUGCUCAGCUCCUUGGCACCGAGUAUCACGAUUGGCCAGGCGCUGGCCGCCAUCUCCGUGAGCUUCUUCUUGCUCUUCUCGGGCAACAUUAUCCUGGCCGACCUGAUCCCGGACUACUGGAUCUGGAUGUACUGGUUCUCUCCGAUCUCGUGGGCGCUGCGAGCCAACAUGUUGUCGGAGUUCUCCAGCGAUCGGUAUUCACCUGCAGUGAGCAAGGCCCAACUCGAGAGUUUCUCCAUCAAGCAAGGCACGGGCUACAUUUGGUUUGGAGUUGCGGUGCUCAUUGUGUACUACUUCGCGUUCACGAGCUUCAAUGCGCUGGCGCUGCACUUCAUCCGGUACGAAAAGUUCAAGGGCGUGAGUGCGAAGGCCAUGAAGCAUGAGAAGGAGGCCCACAGUGUGUACGUCGAGGUGAGCACCCCGACCACUGCGCUGCAGGAAGUCGGACAGACGAAGGUCAAGGGUGGCGGUCUUCCGUUCACGCCGUCAAACCUGUGCAUCAAGGACUUGGACUACUACGUGACCCUGCCCUCGGGUGAAGAGCGGCAACUGCUCCAGAAGAUCACGGCACACUUCGAGCCUGGUCGCAUGGUGGCACUCAUGGGCGCAACGGGUGCCGGUAAGACGACGCUGAUGGACGUCAUCGCUGGCCGUAAGACUGGGGGACGCAUCGUGGGCGACAUCUAUGUGAACGGUGAGCUCAAGGACCCGGCCAACUUCAGCCGCAUCACGGCCUACUGCGAGCAGAUGGACAUCCACUCGGAGGCUGCUACGAUCUACGAGGCGCUGGUGUUUUCAGCGAAGCUGCGACUCCCGCCCAACUUCACCGAGGAAGAGCGCAUGAACCUGGUACACGAAACGCUUGAUUUACUCGAACUGAAGUCGAUCGCUAGUGAAAUGGUGGGCAGCCUGUCGGUGGAGCAGAAGAAGCGCGUGACGAUCGGUGUCGAGGUGGUUGCAAACCCUAGCAUCCUGUUCCUGGAUGAGCCCACGAGUGGCCUGGACGCGCGUUCGGCUCUGAUUGUGAUGCGCGGAGUGCAGUCGAUUGCUCGCACGGGACGGACGGUGCUGUGUACGAUCCACCAGCCGAGCAUUUCGAUCUUCGAGCUGUUUGACGGCCUGCUUCUGCUGCAGAAGGGUGGAUACACGGCCUACUUCGGCGACCUCGGCGUGGACUCAGUCAAGAUGCUCGAGUACUUCGCGUCAAUUCCUGGCACGGAAGAGAUUCGUCCGCAAUACAACCCGGCCACGUACAUGCUCGAGGUGAUCGGCGCUGGCAUUGGCCGCGACGUCAAGGACUACUCAGUGGAGUACAAGAACAGCGAGUUGUACAAGUCGAACCGCGAACGAACUCUUGAGUUCUGCGAGGUGUCUGACGAAUUCGUUCGGCACUCGACGCUCAACUACCGGCCGAUUGCUACGGGCUUCUGGAACCAGUUGGCCGAGCUCACCAAGAAGCAGCGACUCACGUACUGGCGCAACCCGCAGUACAACUUCAUGCGAGUGUUCCUGUUCCCGAUCUUCGCCAUUAUCUUCGGCACGACGUUCUACCAGUUGUCGGCCGACAGCGUGAAGCGCAUCAACUCGCACAUCGGUCUCAUCUACAACAGCAUGGACUUCAUCGGCGUGACGAACCUCAUGACGGUGAUCGAGGUGACCUGUGCCGAGCGUGCCGUGUACUACCGCGAGCGCAUGUCGAACUACUACAGCCCGCUGCCGUACAGUCUGUCGCUGUGGUUCGCCGAGAUCCCGUACCUGAUUGUGGUGAUCAUCCUGUUCGUGACAAUCGAGUACUGGCUGGUGGGCUGGAGCGACAACGGCGGCGACUUCUUCUUCUUCCUGUUCGUCUUCUACCUGUACACGUCGGCGUGCACGUACAUCGGUCAGUGGAUGUCUGCUCUGAUGCCGAACGAGAAGGUGGCGAACGUGGCUGUGGGUGCGUUGUCGUGUCUGUUCAACUUGUUCUCGGGCUACCUGCUGCCUCGCACAGCCAUGAAGGUGGGCUACAAGUGGUUCACAUAUCUGAUCCCGUCGAGCUACUCGCUGGCUGCUCUGGUUGGCGUGCAGUUCGGCGACAGCCAGGACAUCAUCGCAGUGACUUCGGGCAACACAACCACGGACAUGACGGUGGCCGACUACAUCGCGAAGACGUAUGACUUCCGGCCGGAGCGCAAGUACAACUUCAUGGCGGGCCUCAUCGUCAUUUGGUUCGUGGUGCAGCUCGCCAUCUAUCUGACGUUCAAAUACGUGAGCCACCUCAAGCGAUAAGCAAGCACGCCGUUGAUGUCGCAUGCCAAGACCCCCAGAGCCGAAGAAGACCGUAUCGUGUUGCUUUUUUUUCUCGCUGUUCUCUUGCUCACACUUAUAAUCCAUGCGUAGCAAUGAAAAAAAUAAAAAUCGGCUCCUUACCACCAC